CGGCCGGAGCGCGGCGGGGCAGAGCCGAGCUGAGCCGAGCCGAGCAGCUCAGCGCAGGGCAGAGCGGAGCGGCGGCGGUAGUGUGGUUCCCCAUGCCGCGGGGCAGGGCGGCCGCCUCCGCGGGCAGCCGCGAUGAUCCCCUACUUCUCCGACAACGCCGUCAUCUCCCAGGGUGCCAUCGCCCAGCUCAUCAGCGAAAGCUUCCUCACUGUGAAAGGUGCAGCUCUCUUCCUGCCACGAGGAAAUGGGUCAUCUACUCCCAGGAUCAGCCACAGGCGCAACAAGCAUGCAGGGGAUCUCCAGCAACACCUGCAGGCCAUGUUCAUCCUGCUCCGCCCAGAGGACAACAUCAGACUGGCUGUAAGACUGGAAAGUACCUACCAGAACCGCACUAGAUACAUGGUGGUGGUGUCCACCAAUGGCAGACAAGACACUGAAGAGAGCAUUGUCCUAGGAAUGGAUUUCUCUUCCAAUGACAGUAGCACAUGUACAAUGGGCUUGGUGCUGCCACUGUGGAGUGACACCUUGAUCCACCUGGAUGGGGAUGGAGGGUUCAGCGUAUCAACAGAUAACAGGGUUCAUAUAUUCAAGCCAGUGUCUGUACAGGCAAUGUGGUCUGCUCUUCAGAGUUUACAUAAGGCUUGUGAGGUGGCAAGGAGCAAUAAUUACUACCCAGGGAGCCUCUUCCUCACGUGGGUCAGUUACUAUGAGAGCCAUAUCAACUCGGACCAGUCGUCAGUCAAUGAGUGGAAUGCCAUGCAAGACGUCCAGUCCCACCGGCCCGACUCGCCCGCCCUCUUCACAGAUGUCCCAACCGAGCGGGAGCGCACAGAGCGACUAAUUAAGACCAAAUUAAGGGAGAUCAUGAUGCAGAAAGAUUUGGAGAACAUCACAUCCAAAGAGAUACGCACGGAGCUGGAAAUGCAGAUGGUGUGUAACCUGCGGGAGUUCAAAGAGUUCAUCGACAACGAGAUGAUCGUGAUCCUGGGGCAGAUGGACAGCCCCACACAGAUCUUUGAUCAUGUCUUUUUGGGCUCGGAAUGGAAUGCCUCCAAUUUGGAAGACUUGCAGAACAGAGGGGUGCGAUAUAUUUUGAAUGUGACUCGAGAAAUAGAUAACUUCUUCCCUGGGCUCUUUGAGUACCACAAUAUUCGGGUAUAUGAUGAAGAAGCAACAGAUCUUCUGGCUUAUUGGAAUGACACUUACAAAUUCAUCUCCAAGGCAAAGAAAAAUGGUUCCAAGUGCCUGGUGCACUGCAAGAUGGGCGUGAGCCGCUCGGCAUCCACGGUGAUCGCCUACGCCAUGAAGGAGUACGGCUGGAACCUGGACAGGGCCUACGACUACGUGAAGGAACGGCGCACGGUCACCAAGCCCAACCCCAGCUUUAUGCGGCAGCUGGAGGAAUACCAAGGGAUCCUGCUGGCCAGCAAACAGCGGCACAACAAGCUGUGGCGCUCGCACUCCGACAGCGACCUCUCGGACCACCACGAGCCCAUCUGCAAGGCCGGGCUGGAGCUGAACAAAAAGGAGAUCACCACCUCAGCUGACCAGAUCUCAGAGGCAAAGACCAACGACAACCAGCAGCCAAUGUCUCCCAUUUACUCAGCUGAGCUAGACAGGGAGCAGCAGCUCGCGGAGAACACCAACAUGAUCGAGGAGAUGUGUGUGAAGGAGAGAAGGAUCCACUUAGAGUUCACGUGUCGAGACUUCCACGCUGAGCAGAUGGAGGACAAGCUGAACCUGAACAAUAUCAACAGCUGUACGGCAGGAUGUUGUGUAGACUCUGUCCCCCCUGAUAACUGCCAUGCUUCUGAGGCCUUACUGCAACUCCAGCACCCCUUGGAAAUAACAGACUUUCCUGAUUUGACAGUGGAUGAUCUAGAGAAAGAUGCCCUUAAGCCUGACGUGAACGUGCAUUUGGUUCCCAUGGAAGAAUUCACCUCGUGCUUAAAAGACUUUCCCCAAUCCCCAAACCAAAAUUCCUCUAGUCUCCAACAGAAUCCCCAGCCCGAAGUGACAGACCUCAGUACAGACAGGAUUGAUUUCUUUAGUGCUUUGGAGAAAUUCGUGGAGCUUUCCCAGGAGAGCCGGUCACGCACCUGCUCCCACUCCAGGACGGAGGAGCAAGGGAGUGGGAGGAACGGGGUCUCCAGGGUGCCUGUGCUGGAAGUGCCACCUGCAGCAGAUGGAGGUGCAGAUGCUCGAAGGAACAGCUCUGGAAACUCUCCUCAGGCAUCAGAUGACUCUUCCACAGAUGAAGAACAACAAAAGGAGGUCCCUGAGCUGCCCAGCAUGGGCCAUCUCACCAGAUCCCACUCAGAAAAUGCCAUUUCUGUCAAGGAGAUUAUCACAGAGAUUGAGUCAAUCAACCAGGGAGCAGGACCUGCCCAGCAGAAAGAGGGUUCAGCCAACCUCACCCCGACACCAAAGAGGAACACAGUGCAUGACCUGCCAGUGGAGGCGAUUUGGGCAUCAGAAAGAGUGGAACAGAGUGAAGGAGCCUGUGCUGGUCACCAGGAAAAGGAGAAGGAUGCCCUGCAAGCUGAGCAAGAAGCUGAGCAAGAAGGUGCCGCCACCCUGCAGACGUCUUCUGGUAAAUCAGACCUGGAGGAAAGCAGCCUUAGGGGAGAGCAGCAAGAGCCUCGUGAGUCCACGAACCCUGAGCCCAAGUGGUGCCCUGGCUCUGUCCGACGAGCCACCCUGGAGUUCGAGGAGCGCUUGAGACAGGAGCAGGAGCACCAGCACAGCCCAGUCUGCAUCUUACCCACCCGCAAGAACUCCAGGAACGACUCUCCUGCUGCUGAGCUCCUGCCGCGGGGGAAGAGCGAGGAGCCAGCCCUGGAGCUGGCUCUGGAGGGGUACAGGGUGCAAGGGGCAGGCACUGUGGAGCUGCUGCCUCCCAGGUCAGAGCUGCCUGCAGACAGACACCUGCCUGCAGCCCUGGCCUGCCCUGUGCUGGAGGCUCUGCCUGCAGAGCACAGCCCAGGGCAGGAGGGAAUGGCACAAGAGCAGAGGACAGUGGUGUCGUUUGAUGGGACGGGGGAGCCAUCCCUGCCCUCCCUCCUCCCAAAGAGAAUUGAAAUCAUUGAGUAUGCUCCCCUGGGUAUAUCUGUAGAGCACCCUGCUGCAAGCUGUGAGCAGGGCGGGCUGGCCAUGGCUGGCCUGUCCUUAGAUGAAAACUUGAACCCUUCACUGUGCCCCGAGAAGGCACCGACCCCUCUGGGAGCUCUGCCGGAGCAGGCGGCACACACACAGAACAUCGUCACUGCAGACGGCCCCAGCGAGGAGGCUGCUGGGUUAGCUCUUCAUCUCAGUGCUGCUGCUCCCUCUGCCCAGCUCACCUCUACACUUUCAGCCAGCCCAAAUCGCUCUUCUUACAUAAUUCACCUGGAAGGCGUCACUGAGCAGAGCACAGGUACAGAGGAUGAGCCGGUCACAGCACACGGCACCGAGGGAGAUGUGACUCUCCCAUUCAGGGACAGGCCCAAGGCUCUCUGCAGCAGGGGGACUGGCAGCUCGGGGCAGCUGAGCAACGAGGACUUCACCAGCCAACAGACUGAAAACAUGGACCUCCUGGACAUCUCUUUCCUGUGUUACAGCCUCCCGCACAGCUCCAGCAGCCACAGCAUCGAGGAGCGCAGCAGCAGCCCGGGGCUGGUCAAGCAGCGAGCCAAGGAGAUCGAGGCUCGGAUCCGGCACGCGGGACUCACCACCCCGUCCCACAUGAAACGCUCGGCGUCCCUGGCCAAGCUGGACUGCCUGGACCUCUCCAAGGACGACUUAUCCGAGCGGCAGUCGGCCUCUUCCGACGCCAACCCCGUGCUCCUCACCUGCGUCGCCCUCGGUCGAGGCUUUGGCGGGGGGAGGUCGGAGGGGGGCGCGGGAGGCCCGUGUGAGAGGCAUCGCCUUUCCUGCCCAGAGCCCGCCAAGCAUUUUGUGGAGCAGCUCAGAACAGCCGAGUGCAUUGCCCAGAGCAAGCCCGUGGAGCGCCCGCUCGCUCAGUACGCCAAAGAGUGCGGCUCCAGCCAGCAGAGUUUGUUUGCCAGCACGGAUCCAACGUGGACUAGCUCCGAGGAGGGUCCUCCCCUGCUCCAGGUACAGGUCCUGGACUCCUUGCCUCCAGCUCAAGGUCUGGCUGUCGCACCCCGGCAGCAGCACGGCAGAACUCACCCUCUGAGGAGGCUCAAAAAGACCAAUGACAAAAAGCGGACAACCAAUCCCCUCUACAAUACCAUGUGAUCCUGAGCCCUGGCCUGGGGUUCCCUUCCCAGAACCCGUGCUGUUGUGUUCAUGCAAGGGGCAGGUGUAAUAUACGGAACAUGCACUUUAUUGGUUAAUUUUAUAUAUAUCUAUUGUCCUCUUACUGUUCCUGGCGCAUGUAGGUGUGGGUUGGUUCUCUGUGUGACUCUGACUGCAGGACUGUUUGGGUUUUUUAAGUUUUUAACUCAGAUAACCUCAGAUGUUCUUCAUUUUUGUUGCUGUUGUUGUUAGUUUGUUUUAAAAGAACACCUUGAUAACGUGAAAGUUGAUGUUGGCUUGCUUUGGCAAGGUGGAGUUUUGUGUAGAUCCUAGUUCCUAACUUGAAUUUCCCCCAUGCCUUGAAAUGGUGCUGGGCAGUUGUUGGGGUGAGAGCCCCUGUAAAUGUGAAGGUUGUGCCAAGGUCACUUUGUUUGGCCUUUCUUUUAUUUCUGCAAACUCCAACUCCACGAUGCUGGCGGAUCACUCACAAAGCUGCUUCAGGACAACCUCCUCCUGAGCUCGGUUUGGCUGGUGCAUCCCCAAAAGGAGCAUACGGGGGGUAAAUCCUCCCAAGGGCUGGGCUCUGAAAACCCCAGAUCAGUGCCCACCUCUGCUGUGGGUCGUGCAGGACCCUCAUUUCGUGGGGAGGGGAAGCAGAGCUCCUCCACGAGCUGCCAAGAUCACCCCAGACCAGCAGGUGAGAGGAGGAGAGCUCCCAAAGCCAGAGUGUUCUUUUAAAACAAACGCCUCGUUAGGGUUUUAACCCUCCCAUUACUUGAAUACUGCUGUGGGCCUUCCAAGUUCAUGGCCAUAUCAUCUGUUCUCUGCCCUCCUGCUGCCUCCCCUCUGCCCAGAGCUCUUCUUGUCUCGUGCUGCCUGAGUUUUCCUCCCCACUCUGCCACGCUCACGGGCACUUCUGGUCACUCCCAAACCUGUCAGAGUUGUUACACGGCGCGUUGCCCCUGCUGAAUGCAAAGCUCUGUGCUCUCUGCUGUCACUCCUGACUCUUGACCCAGAGGGAAGGGCUUUUCUGGAAGUUUUUUCUUCUUUUUUUGCCUGAAUUGUAUAUAUGGUAUUUAUAGAGGGGCUUUUGUUGUUUCUAUGUUUUGGGAGUUGUUUUGUUUUGGUUGUUUUUUUAAAGGGCAAGAAUGCAUUCUGUAAACUGGAAAACAAAACCCCCUUCCUCCAGCUCAGUGCUGUUCAUGGUCAUCUGCACAGAAACGGGAGUGGAUUUGACAUUGUGAUCUCUCUUCCCUUUCCAAAAGUGAGCCUCAAUGCCAGCCUUUGCCAAAUGUGUCCCUGUUCCCCCAGCCCUGUGUGCAGCCCUGUUACCUGCUGUGGGAGGAGGAGGAGGAUUCUGCAUCUGCCCAUCUCCCUCCUGCUUGAAGCCGAGUUUCAGAAGUGCCAGUUGGAUGUGGGAAGCCACUGGCCACCUCAAGCCAUUAGGCAGGUUCUUGCUUCCCCAGAGAAUCAAUGUUUGAAGGGUCUGCUCCAAAUUUCAACAGAUUGUGUUAUGUUUCCCGAGCUCUUUGGCUAAAGCAAAGCUCCUCAUUUCCAGCCAUAUAUAUCAGCAAAUUGUAUCUGUACUGUAGGAGCAGAGGGAAAGGCGCUUGGCCGUGGCAGGGGAGCUCUGGGUCCUGUCUGCAGUCCCAUGGUGGGUCUGUGACAGAAGAGCAUGUCUGAGCUGGUGCUUGGCUCUGGCCCAGACCUGCCCUCUGGGGAGGAGCAAAGCAAGGAGAGGAGAUGCAGAAUGGCUCCAGCUGCUGCAGGCCCAGCAUGGAGAGGAUGCAGUGUGGGAGGAGCAGCAGACCAAGCCAUGCCUGGGAAGCUGCACCGGUGCUGCAGAGCCUUGCAGGCAGCGUGCAUGGGAUGAGCUCGUCUUGAGCAGAGUGUUGGGAAACAGCGUGCAUCUGCCCUGGGGAAGGAACGGGUGCCCACAACCCCCAGCAUGACAGGAUGGCCUAGCAGUUCAUAAGGUAAUUCCUACCUCGCUGCCCUCCUGUAGCUCCCAGGGAAUCCUCUCACCCUGCUUCACAGGGCCCACAGCCCAGGCACGGGGCUGCAAGUGUGCCUGUCCUUCCCCAGCAGCAACAUGCACUUCAUCCCUUCCUUCCCAAGGAGCCUGAGCUCUCCUGGGGGGGUUGUUGCCCAUGCUCCGCAGGCUGGAGCACAGCCCAAAGCAGCCCAGCAAGGCCCUGUCUUGGGUCAAAUAGCGUGUCAUCCCAGGCCAUUUCAGUCACUCAGUCACCCAAGUCCUUGGCCCAGGAGGCCAGAUACUUCUUUGGGACACUGAAAGACAUUUGACUUCUCUUAGCCAGCUCCAGCUGGCUUCAGAGCUGGGCAGGCAGCAUGGAAAGGCCAAGUGGCUCAUGUCAUCUUCCGAAGGACAGUUUCAGUCCUUUCCUCCCCCACAAACCUCACCAGACCUUGAUGCCCACCAUUCCUGACCCCAAGGACUUAUCUGCCUGCCCUGCGUUGGAGGGAGCAUGCUUGGCCAGCAGCGUGUCCUGGUGACAAGGAUCUGCUGGGGAGGGGAAAGUCCUGUGUAUAAUUUGCUCCCUUGAGAAAGGAGGAGGAGGUGGAAGAGGAGGAAGGGAAUCAGGUUUCUUCGCCCAGCUUCAUCUCAGGAGAAAUGCCCUAGAGGGAGGCUCUUCCAUGCAGACCACAAGUGCUGCUUGCUUCCAGCACUGCUUCAGCUGGGAAGAGCAGCGAAGGCAGAGACCCUCAGACCCUCACAGGGAGGUGUGUCACUGUCCCCUGGGCCUUCAGCUCCGGCCCAGCACAGUGGUGGUUUUUCUCUGGGCAGGCCCUGGACAGGCAGAGGCAGUCAGGGAAGGUGGUUCUCUUGCAGAGUUGUGAAGGCCUUGGAGGUCUGGAGGCUCUGGCGUGGAUGGCAGAGGACGGGAUGGGCUGAGGAGGCACGUCACAUGCAGCUCUCCAAGUCCUGGCUCUUCUUUGGCCAGUGUCUGGACAAUAAAGCCACUGAGCUCCUGGCAUCAAAGCUCUGCCUGGGCACAGUUGACCUUUCUCCAUGCUGGUGGCUCACAGGUGAGUGUUGACUCACUCCUGGUGUCCCUGUGACCACCUCACGAGAGCUUCUUGUGACCUGCUGAGCAGCACAGGGAGCAGCACCUCCAGGGGGCUCAGCACCCAACCGGCCUCACUGAUGGGCGUUGAGGAGAAAUGCAUUGUUUUAAGGGCAUUUUUUGUAGAAAGCAACUGUUGGUUUUGGUCUCUGGCAGAGCCCUCUGUCUCAGAGGAUGCUUUAUUGUUUACAUUGACUCCUGUACAAUAUCCCAGCCCCUGCCCACCCUGUCGCCGCUGUGCUGGACCCUGGAGCCUCACACAUCACAGCGUGUGUGCGGGGAGCUGGCGUUCACACAGCCUUCUGUUGCACUCGAUGGUGUGUGUGUGUAUGUGUGUGUGUGUAUGUCUGGUCUGCUUGAGAAGUUGUGAUAUGUACAAAUCUCUCCCUUUUUCAGCCCCUUUCCUGGGGGCACAGUCCCAGCAGGUGGCAGGAGGUGAUGCUGCAGGCUCACUCGGAUUAGCUCUGUGUCUCUCUACCAGUAAAGGCCUGGGGGAAGGUGUCCCACCUCAGCUCUGGCUGCUCCAGGGACCUCCUGGGAGGAGUGACACAAGCCCCGUGGGCAGCAGGCACUGCCCCCUGCCCCAGGGCUCCGAGGCAGCAGGAGGAAGCCAUAUCCCCCGCAGGGCCCCUGCUCCCCUCCUGGUGCGUCCUGCCUUAAUCUGGUCCUGGCUCCACAUAAGCCCCCACGCUUCCCCCUGAGACAGGGACCCCCGAGCCCUUGCUGGCAUGGGGCAGAGGUGGGUGCUGGCCUGGCACAGGGCUGGCCAGAUGGCUCUGGGUGUCCCUCCAGCAGUGCCCUCAGAGGUGCUAACAGCACGCCCGAGCUACAGCCAUCUCUGUUGGCACAAAAGCAGGUGCCAGUGCCUUUUAUUUUCCCAUGUGGAGAUGUUUAUGUGCAGUCCAUGUGCUGGUCUGUAGGAAUCUCCCCGGGGCUGGGCAGCCCAGCCACGAGCCCUCGGCGUGGCUGGCAGGGAGUUGCAAAGCGAGGAGGGAAGCGGUUCUGUCCCUCCUGCAGCGUCCGUGGUGGCUGGGAUCGUCCCCUUUCCCCAGAACGACUUUCUGACCGAUGUGCUCAGCUGUUUUUAAAUGUGAACUUGUGCACUGAUGUGCAGAUUCAAUGUUCUUGUUACUGAAUGAAUAAAGUUUUAUUUUGAAGAUGACA